AAGUCGACGAGGCAGGAACAACCAAGAACAAUUGACCACAUGGAGAAGCGACAAUAACACUCAGACCCUUCGAGCCUUCCUUGUCAAUGGCUCAGCCUCGCCAGCAUAGCAGCACCAGCCAAACCGCAUCGAUCGCUCCUGCCGCCGUCAUGUCAGGGGGUGCUACGGCUUCGCGCCGCCCUUCGCUGGCCUCGUUCCCAUCUCGCAAGCAGUCCUUCUACGAUGUAAUGCCAUCCGCUACCGUGAGGCCUUCGAUGCGACCUUCUCUAUCUCAAUCCGUACGAUCACCGACCAUGCCUCACCGCAAACGCAAGCCCCGGCCGCAGUAUCCCCAAGACUCAACCGAGCGCCAUGUCGAAUACAUCCUGGUAGCAUCCUUCGACAUUGACACGGGAUCUAUCAUGGAACAUCAAUAUCCUACACCCAUCGGAGGUGAUGAACAGAUGUUGGCAGAACUUAUGUUGCCCGAUCAAACCCAUCUGCGUAGUCAGGAUUGGACUGUCUUCUUCCUGCACAAGGACCAGUCGCCCGAGGAAGAGCUGCAGCAAAGAAGAGACGAUCGAAGGCAAAGGAGAGCAGAGAAAAAGAAGCUGCGACCUGAGACCAAGCCAGUUGCGACGGAGGCAGACAUGGACAAUGACAGCGAGGACGACACAGAGGAUGCCGAGUCGGAAGACGACGCUGUCAAAAGUACUCAAGGCCCUCCACUGGUAUAUGUGCUCAAUCUUGUCAACACGAAGCACGAUGUCAACGUCAAACGUGGUGCUGUCGUCAAGGCCAUGGCCAUCUGCACACGCCACUCCUUCCUACACAUCUACAAGCCGCUGCUUCUAUUGGCACUCGAAGAAUACUUCCGUACGCCGACCAUCGACACGCUGGCGUCCUUGUAUGAAUCAGUCAACAAUAUGGAUCUCUCAUUACUUCCACGACUGUCCUUCCAAGAGCGUUACAUCCUACAGGCUUCGGAUGUCAAAGACUUGUUCCUUGAGAAAUUCGAAGCCAUGGUCCACAAGCGUGUCCAGCAGGACAAGAAAAACAGCCAAUCUGACGAUCAACAGCAGACGCCUCGUCAGCGCUAUGCCUUACCACGAGAUACUCACGAGUUCGAUUCUGUUGUGAAAUACAACAACAUCCCUGUUCCCAUCAAGAUCCCUACAGCCUUGUCUCUUGAGACUGUCGGUGACUUUUCUCUCAUCAAACUUAUCCAGACUUUCAGCACUCCACAUUCGGCUUCUCCUCAGCCUUUCACUCAACACCACCCACAUCUUACCACUUCUGGUCCUCUAACACAUCCUAUAAUCGUUCUAAUGAACGCUCUACUCAGCCAGAAGCGUAUCAUCUUCAUUGGACACAACCUGCCGUCAUCUGAAGUAGCGGAAGCUGUACUGGCUGCAUGCUCUCUCGCAUCUGGAGGAUUCCUCAGAGGCUUCACUCGUCACGCGUUCCCUUAUACCGAUCUUACCAAGAUUGAGGAUCUGCUCAAAGUUCCUGGCUUCAUCGCAGGUGUCACUAACCCAGCUUUUGCCACGCACACUGAAUGGUGGGAUCUCAUGUGUGAUCUACCAACUGGACGCAUCCGGAUCAGUCCGAAGAUUGAGCAAGCCCCAUUGACUGAAGGCGUAUUGUUCUUCCAACAGAGCGCACCAGGGAUGCCGCAACCGUUUAAUGCACCAGGCCCUGUUUCAUCAGCCGGCACAGCAACAGGCGCGGGCAUGGGCGGCUUCCCUUCAAUACCUUCAGGCGCUGGAGAUCCAACUGGUGACGUGGCAUUCAUGUCCAGCGUACUCGCCUCGAUUGCUGAACGCCGUGGCGAAGGCGCCGUCCGCUCAAAGUUCCGCCUCUGGAUCCUCAAGUUCAUCCGCAUAGCAGCUGCGUUCGAAGAGCUGGUCUACGGGGCCUCCGCAAUCUUCGCCUACUAUCCACCCGGCUCGCCCAUCUCUCCAGCAACAGCCACCAUGGACUUUCCGUCUCCUAUGACUGUCUUGGACGCAGCCUUUGAAGACCCAGCGGUAGCAGGCCACGGCUAUGUUUGGCCAUCACAAGAAGCCAAGAUGCGCGAACUCGCAGCCAACGCUACACGCAUCGAAGGCUGGACCAAAACUCGCAGCUACUACAACUUCAUCCAAGAUUUCAGCGUCAUGUUUUCUCUCCGCCCAAUCCAGGAUCUUGAUCUCCAACACCUGCAUGACAAGUUGACAAAACUUCGCCUCGGCACCGAAGCCUCGGCAUCCAUCUAUCUCGCACUCUGCGCGCGUGUGAAAACGUACGAGCAAGUUAAUCAGUUGCUUUCUGUUUUCGCUUACGGCAGUCCUGCUGUGGGUAAUGAUAGACAACAUGGUAUGUUUUAUCUGAGUCUUGGGUUGAUGCAUCCGAGGUUGGAUGUCAGGGAAAGCGUGGCAGCAUUGGUGGAUAGGAUCAGAGUGCAUGAGGCUGGAAGACAUUUCUGGGCCGCUCUUGGUAGAUUCGAGCAAGCUGCUUUUGAUAGGGUUGUGCUUGCUAAGGCUGAGAGGGAGGAGGGUGGUGGAUUGUUGGUAUAAAUUGAGAAGAGGUGGAACGAAGAGUGUUUGCAUUGCAUUUUGUGUUUUCUUGUCGUUUAGAUACCAUGGAUUGGAGUUUACGCAUUGCAGGAAUAGGGCAAACAUAGACUGGAAUAGAACGAUAUAGCAUAUUGAAUGAUAAUGAUGGUUUUCGAGU